AUAGCAACAAAAAGAAAUUUAAAACGUCAGGAAUAAACAAGAAUAUUAUUUUUAAUUAUAAAAUCAAUUCCAAACAAGUCAAGCAUGCACUUGUAACGUUUUAACCCAAUAGGUAUUUCUACCCCGAUUGUACUCGAGUUCGCAUCCCUUUUUUUUAUCAAAGAAAGCCUCUAUCAAUAAAAACAAUUUACUAAAUUGCCGUGAACAAUAAUUUGGUAAUUUUUGACGAUUUUUGAGUGAUGAAUGUUACAUUUUAUCGAUGUUUUACACAGCGACUCCCAGUGAACUUUUAAACUUUUGUAACAAAGUUCUGUAUACAGAGGUGCACCAAAAAGUAUGGCACAACCAAAAGAUAAAAUGCCCGAAAUUGACGAACAUAUUUUAAAAAAGUUUGAUAUUCAAAAGAGACUCGGGAAGGGGGCUUAUGGAAUAGUAUGGAAAGCUAUUGAUCGUAAAACUAAAGAUGUAGUGGCUGUGAAAAAAAUUUUUGAUGCUUUUCGCAAUCAGACUGACGCGCAACGAACAUUCAGGGAAAUUAUGUUUCUGAGAUCAUUCAAAGAUCAUCCAAAUAUAAUUCGACUACGCAGUAUACAUAGAGCUGCCAAUAAUAGAGACAUAUAUUUAGGUUUUGAAUAUAUGGAAACAGACCUGCAUAAUGUCAUUAAAAGAGGGAAUAUCCUUAAGGAUAUUCACAAACGUUAUAUAAUGUACCAAUUACUCAAAGCAAUCAAAUAUAUACAUUCUGGAGAUGUAAUUCACAGGGAUUUAAAGCCAAGCAAUGUUCUCUUAGACAGCAUGUGCAGAUGCAAAUUAGCGGAUUUUGGCCUGGCCAGGUCUUUGACCCAAUGUUCCGAAAAUAGUCCUGAUAACACGGAUCCUACGUUGACUGAUUAUGUUGCCACGCGAUGGUACAGAGCCCCAGAAAUACUAAUUGCAAACAGAAAUUACACUAAGGGUAUAGAUAUGUGGAGUAUAGGAUGCAUUUUAGGGGAAAUGCUUUUGGGAAAACCAAUUUUCCCUGGAACUUCCACAGUAAAUCAAGUAGAACGAAUAAUGUCGACGAUAGAGUCACCUUCAUCCGAAGAUAUCAGCGCAAUAUGUGUAUCGGGGGUUGGUACCUCGAUGAUAAAAAAUGCCACAGCCAUCAAACACACGACCAUAAAGGCAGUAUUGGGACCAAACGUGGUAAACGAUGGACUAGAGCUUGUACUGAAAUUAUUGGUGUUCAAUCCUUACAAAAGAUACACUGCAGAACAAGCACUCUCACAUAAUUACGUAUCAAGGUUUCAUAACCCGUCCGAAGAAAAAGUAAUGCUCAAUAGGGUUACACCCCCUUUAAACGACGACGUAAGACUAUCAGUAGACGAUUACAGAAAUAAAUUGUACGAAAUUAUGACGGUCCAUCACAAUUCGCGAUCCGGAAAAAUUAUCGUGUCGAAAGCAAAGACAAGCACCGCAAAGACUGACGUCGCUAAGCCGGAAGUGAAGUCAAAAGUCUAUAAGGAAACCGACAGAUAUUUGAGAAAUCAUCGUUGUGUUGCAAAAGAGACGCCGUAUCAAUCGCAAUCGGAACCAAAGUUUCGUCCUUCGAAUAUGAAAUUUGUCAAAUCGACUUUAAACAUCAAAUCCGAUUCCAAAAUACCAAAAGACCAUCAAGAUCCGAAGCAGAGCCGUCAAAGAACUUUGACGAAAUCGCAAGGGGAUUCCAGCAACAUGACGAGAAUGUCUGACAAUCAAAACAAACACAGCAGCGUUAAUCUGAAUAGAGAUAAACAGGUGAGAAAACGUAUAGUUUCGAGGGGUAACUCUUACACUAGUUCGUUUAUUAAUAAUGGUCCGGGGGUCAUUACUCAAAGCGCCUUGAUGGAAUUGAGAGCUGCUGGAAUGCGGUAAUGGACCGUCUUUUAGGAUAUACAAUACUGCAGUUUUUUUACUUAUUUUUAUACCACAACGAUUUUUUAUAGUGAUUUAUUGUACAGUAGGGCUCUUUUUGGACCUUACAGUAUACAAGUAUUGUACCUAUUUUUGCACCGGGUGAUUUUUGUCAAUAUAAGAAAUUUUAAGAUUG